GGGAGGCCAGGCCCGAGAGGCAGCCCCGCGCUCCCCGCCCCUGGAGAAGGCGAGGCCCGGGGCCAACAGAUCCGCGGAGCAAGGCGCGCGGCGCUGAUCCUGGAGGGAGACGAUGUCUCGGCUCUCCCGCCGAGUGCGGCUGCUCCUUGGCAUGGUGCUGCUGACGGCGCUGCUGGCCGCCGGGCGCGGGCUCCCGCUGAGGAAGCCGCCGGGGCCCGGACCCCGGGCCAGCAGCCCCGCGAGGCUGGAGGAGGUCUCAGCCUUCCUAGAUCCCAGGCCUCUCAAGGAAGAGGAGGAGACCCCACUGCUCCCUCGAGGCCGCGUCCAGGCAAGGUCUCACCGACACAGGCACCAGACCCUCUCUGAGUCAGCCUCCCUAACCCCAGUCGAGGCCCCCCUUCCUGGGACCCUGGAGGACAUCCCCCUGCUGCUGGAGCUGCAGAAGCUGCCGGGAUUGGCCAACACAGACUUGAGUGCCCCAAACCCCAACAUCCAGGUGAGCAUUGAGGUGGUGGAGGACCCCCAUGCGGAGGUGGAGAUGGACCUGUUGGCAGAGCCCAGCAACCGCUGGCCGCAGGGUGCCCCCAGCGGGCUGCCUGCCAAGGAGCUCUUCUGGCCCCUCUUCUGGGGCUACCUGGAGGGCAAGGAGGGGGGGACUCGUCUUAAGAGCAGGACCCAAGAGGAAGAGGAAGAGGAGGAUUACCCUGCAGAGUACAGCGAGGGCGAGGAUGAGGACCAGGAGGACACCGGUGAGGAAGAUGAUGAUGAUGAUGACGAUGAGGAGGAGCUUGGGUUCAGUGGAGCCCCAAGGGACUGGACCUUUAAGAAGACAGACAGCUAUGACUAUGAGCCUCAAGAGGAGUGGAGCCCUUGGUCUCCCUGCAGUGGGAGCUGUGGCAGCGGCAGCCAGCGGAGAAAUCAGCCCUGUGGCUACUCCUGCACUGCCACCGAGUCCCGGGCUUGUGACCUGCCCCCCUGUCCUGGCACCAAGGACGAGGACACCUUAGGCUUCCCCAGUGAGGGGUGGCAGCCCCUGGUCCACAAUGUCACAGACGUGCUUAGCCCAGAUGUGGACAGCUGUGAGAAGUGGCUGAACUGCAAGAGUGACUUCCUAGCCAAGUACCUGAGCCAGGCGCUGCGGGACUUGCCCAGCUGCCCAUGUGCAUACCCGCUGGAGGCCGUGUACAGCGCUGUGAGCCUGCAGGAUGAGCACCAGGGCCGGAGCUUCCAGUGGAGGGAUGCCAGUGGGCCACGGGAGCGCCUGGACGUGUACCAGCCCAUGGCACGCUUCUGCCUGCGCUCCCUGCUGUCUGGGGAGAGCAGCACCCUGGCCGCCCAGCAUUGCUGCUACGACGAGGGCAGCCGGCUGCUGACCCGCGGCAAGGGCGCUGGCACACCUGACCUCAUCAGCACCGACUUCUCCCCUGAGCUGCACUUCAAGGUGGACACCCUGCCCUGGAUCCUGUGUAAGGGGGACUGGAGCCGCUACCAUGCUGUGCGGCCCCCCAACAAUGGCCGGGCCUGUGCCGACAACCCCCCUGAGGAGGAGUACCUGGCUCAGUUGCAGGAAGCCAAGGAGUACUAAUGAAGGUGCUGCUGGCCAAGGCUGCAGGGAGGCGGCCAGUGGUGGUUGCUGCUGGGCUGGAGAACUUUUUUGUAGCCUUCUCAUGCUGCCCCUGCCCAGACUGGGUGAGUGUAGGAG